AAUUAAAUAGUUAAAUUAUUAAAUCUCUGUUAAUUAAAAAGUUAUAUAUGUUGGUUUCCAAUGCUCCUUCUUUGUAAUCUUUAAGAAACUCUCUAAGCACCUUCACCAAUUUUUUCAUUUGUAAGGCUUUCAAUAUCAUCAAAAACUUGUUUUGCCCAGUCAUUUUGCAUAUACUUCAAGGACAAAAAGAAGAAAAAUAAUAAAACCUCAAGUUCUUAUCCCUCUUGUGGAAAAUAGUUAUCAUUAUUUAUUCUCUCAAGAAAAAAAAUAUAAAGAAAACCUUGGUUAGUGUUGAGAGAGUUCGAGCUUGGAGUUCAGGAGAAACAACAGAUCAAUACUUUUAAGAAAAAAAUACAAUGCUAAAUUUUUUCUAAAAAGUACGCCACAUAUGAUGCAUUUCUCAGCUUUCUCUUCUCCAUCCCCUCUUCUAAUCGAAACAUUUUUGAGCCACUUCUCUCAUUAUUUUAUGUCCCUAAGAUUUCUUAGUGGUCCCAAUACCAUAGUUGUUAAGUUACUUUUUGCCAUAUUUAAGGGUGUAAUUCUAAAACAGAUCAUACAACGAACUAGGACUUGGGUACAAAUUUAACGGACUGAUUCAUUUUAGGGAUGUCCUGAUUGAUAUUCUAUUUGCACAAUUUUAAACAGUGUCAAUAGCAUGAUUGAUACUUUGUUUAGCAUUUUCUUUAUUUUAAUAGUGAAAAUAGUUUAAACCAUUAGAUUUGAUCUAGUGGUGAAAGAUUUAAAUAACAUGAAUAACGGAGUAUUAUAUUCCAAUCAGAUAUUUCACCCCUUUUCUACAAAAUCAAAAUCAAUACAUUUAAUGAUCACAAUUUGAACCAUUUGAUCUCGAUUAUAAAAUAAUGAAUUAAAUAUAAAUAUAUUUAGUACAAAUAAUUUUACUUCCUAAGGACCUAUUGUGUGUUGCAGUUACAAUUAUAGUUUAAAAUUGUGUGUACACGUGUUUCAUAAUCGAAAGGGGUGUUGUUGACCUCAACCGACAUCUACUUCUAGGGAUAUCAAGUUUUCCAAAUUGAACUUUGAUGAAUUCAGCUAAUGAAAGAACACUUGUGAUGACCAAAGUCAGAUAGGCCUAACUCUUUCAAACCACCACAACACCACUUGAAGCUAAUUUCUUGCAUAUCCCAUAAUCAAUUCCCUUAUUAGCUCCUAUUACUAAUGCAUACCUAGGAAAACAAGGUAACAUUAUGAGUCUUUAUGAAGCUUGUGAUUAAUUGUAAUAUGAAUAUGUAUAUAAACUUAUAACAUAAAAUGGUACUACUUUUUGUUGUUUCUGCCAUUGCUUUGGAAAGAGUGAAGUGCUAGCAAGUAUGAGUAUACUAAAAUAAAGAUGAUGAUACAACAUAAAGGAUGAGAUGGGUCACAGAGGAGAGAUGAAAGUGUGAGAUGUUGAGAAAAGAGAGAGCGUACGAGAGAGAAGAGAGAAAGAAAUUUUACAAAUGAAAAAAAAAUCUGACAGAAGAGAAAUAUAUAUCUAUUUGGGCCUCAAUGCAUGUGUUCCAUCUGUUACCAUUAUUGAAUGAAUGGAAGCUUGUAUGUGUCAAGAUCUCAUUUGUCUAGAUGAAAUGUCAAACCUAGCCAAUUGUUUGGAUAAACCAUCAAAUAAACCAGCCAUCAUACCAGCCAAUUGUUUUGGAAUACUUUAGGAGAGUGGUUCACACAAGAUAUUUGGCAAAUAAUUAGUGGAUGAAUGUGAUUUGCUAAGCCUAUAGAUGUCUAUUGCUAAUUGGUCAAUAGUGUGACACAAGUGGUGGAUACUUGAGUCCUUAACCAUUUGGUUCUGGGUUCGAUCCCUGGCCAGUGCGUAUGGAGAAAUAUUUGUUGAGAGAGGUCAACCCCUUAAAUGAAUCUCAGUUACCUCGAGGGGAUUAGUCUCUGCAGUUGAGCGCAGAGGAUACCUUUCAUUUACAAAAAAAAUAAAAUAAAGAUGAUGAUCUUCAUUAAAAUGUGUUUGCGAGUAUGUUUAUAUCAAUAAAUCAAAUUGUCCUUUAAUAAUAUUCAAUAGUUCAAAUCAAAGUUGAUGUUCAAACAAUAUAUUGCCGGCCAAAGCAAUACAUUUUUAAUCUAUAUACUUUUUUAUUUUUAAAGUUUUUCCAGAUUUUAAUUAUGUUGUUAUCAACAAAAUCAAUCAACUAUUAAGUGGUUAAUGAACUUUCCCCGAGAUAAAUCGUGCAAUGAUAUCCCUCCUUCAAAAUCUCUUUUGGUUUGGAGGUUGAUGCUUGACAAAGUCCCUACAGAUGAUAAACUUAUGGAAAGAGGGUGUUGCCUUCCAUCUAUGUGUUCCCUCUGUAAUACUACUUUUGAGUCUUCUUUCCAUCUUUUCUUCACAUGCAGGUUUGCCUUUACUCUUUGGUGUUGGCUAGCUACUGUCCUUAAUUUAACUCUUCAUUUUUAAAGUAUAGAAGAUAUUUGGAACCUUUGUGAAAGAUCUUGGUCCCUUCAGUGCAAGAUUGUUAUAAAGUCUGUCAUUGGUAACAUCUUAAAUUCAAUUUGGAUGGCUAGAAACAAUGCUAGAUUUCAUGAUAAAAGUACUCAUUGGAGAAAUGUUGUCUCUUGGAUAUCAACAAAUACUGCUCUUGUUGGUAACAAAACUUCAAUGUGCUCAAACUCUUCUUUAAUUGAUUUCAAAAUUCUAAAGCAUUUCAAUAUCAACAUACACCCUCCAAAAGUGUUUUGGUUACCUCCUUUGAUUGACUGGGUGAAGUGUAAUACGGAUGGUGCCUCGACUCAAAUCUCCUCAGCUUGUGGAGGCAUCUUUCGAAAUCACCUUGUUGAAUUCAUUUGUUGUUUUGCUGAAAAUACAGGUAUGAGAGCCAUUGAGAUUGCUACUGAUAAUGGUUGGAGAAAUGUUUGGCUUGAAACUGACUCUACUCUUGUAGUGCUUGCCUUUAAGUCAGCAUCUUUAGUUCCUUGGAAGAUUAGAAAUAGAUGGAACAAUUGCAUGUAUAACAUUACCAACAUGAACUUCAUGAUAUCCCAUAUAUAUAGGGAAGGUAACAAUUGUGCUGAUGCUCUUGCAAAAAUUGGUCUAACUCUAGUGCACCUUUCGUUCUGGAAUGAAUUACCCCAAGCUAUAUUGGAAAGUUACUCUUCUGAUAGACUUGGUAGACCUAAGUUUAGAUUUUCUUAUAUGUAAGGAGGUUUUGGUU